AUGUUUGAAAUAGUAUAUGUAUUUAAUUUUUGUGAAACAGUAAAAUGCUCUGAUAAAUAAGUAGCAGUAUAUGAGGGUUUAUAAAUAUUAGGUGAUUUAACCGAAAAUUGUGAUAUAAUAGCAUAUUCAUCAAAUCCUAUAUUUUCCCAUAUAGAUGAUAUAGCCGAAAAGGGUGUUUAAAUCUAAUAUACGGGUGAUACAUUUCGUCAAUAAAACCUUCAUAAACGUUUACCUGAAGCCGAUCCUUAGCUAUAAAAAAUAAUCGAAAAUGAAAUGUAGCGCUAAAACACAAGUAUUUCAUUAAUUCCAUUCGAAAAUCGAGCAUCUGUUUCUGUAAACUAAGCCUUAGGAUCAAUUAUGAACUGUAAAUAUUCCGAAGGUUAUCCUAAUUUGAGAUAUUAUGGAGGAAAUGAAUAUAUAGAUUAAAUGGAAAUAUUAUGCCAAAACCGUGCUUUGAGUUUAUUUAAUUUAAAUAAAAAAGAAUGGAGAGUAAAUGUUUAAUGUCUAAGUGGUUCUCCAGCUAAUUUCUAUGUGGUUUCUGCCCUUAUAAAUAAUCAUGAAAGGGUUAUGAGUUUAAACCCAUUUGAAGGCGGACAUAUAUCACAUGGACUUUAAUUAGGAAGAGAAAAAAUAUCUGCUGUAAGUAAAUAUUUCGAUGUAUUAAAUUAUGGAUUAAAAGAUGAUAAAACUAUUGAUUAUGAUAAAUUAGAAGAACUAUCUAGUCAUUAUUUACCAAAAUUAAUUAUUGGAGGAGCCAAUGUAUAUCCUAGAUAAAUUAAUUAUAGUAAACUAAGGUAAAUAUGUGAUAAAAUUAAUGCAUAAUUACUAAUUGAUAUUUCUGAUGUUGCAGGACUUAUUUCUACUGGUUUAAUUGAGAGUCCUUUUCCUUAUGCUGAUGUAGUAACUACUACUACACAUAAAAGUUUAAGAGGACCAAGAGGAGCUUUAGUUUUUUGUAAUUUAAAAGAUUAAAAUUUAAUAUAGAAAGUUGAUUUUGCUAUUUUUCCUGGAAAUUAAGGAGGUCCUCAUAAUCAUACCAUAACUUCUAUUGGUGUAGCUUUAAAAGAAGCAUAAAGUAUUUCUUUUAAAUAAUAUGCAAAGUAGGUUGUUAUGAAUGCAAAAAAAUUAAGCGGAUUUUUAUAAUAUAAAGGAUUUUAAGUAUUUACAGGAGGUACUGAUAAUCAUUUAGUUAGUAUUGAUUUAAGUAAUAAGGAAGUUAAAGGAAAUGUAAUUGAAGAAUUUUUGGAACAAGUUAAUAUAAUAGUGACAGGAUGUAGAAUAUAAGGCUAAUAGAAUAAUUUAUUACAUUUAGGAACUUAUGAUUUAACUAAUAGAGGAUGUGAAGAAUAAGAUAUGGAAAUAGUAGGUGGAUUUAUAAUUUAAGCUUGUGAAAUUUUAAAGGGAAAGGUCAUAAUUGAAGAAGAGUUAAAAAAUAAUUAAAAGGUUUUGGAUUUAAAAAAAAAAGUUUAAAAUUUUUGUUAAAAAAAAUAAUAUUGAUUAAUUUUUAUAUAUAUUUAUUAUUAUUAUAUAUAAAAAAUUAUAUUAAGAAGAAAAAUUGUAAAUAUGUAAAUUUAU